AUGGAGGCCGACAAUGCAUCAACCUUCAGCGCAAAGCCACCCCCACUCAGUUCGGACCAGCUGAAUUAUCUCAUAUGGAGAUACCUUCAAGAGUCAGGCUACGCGGAUGCCGCUGUCAAGCUCCAGCGAGAUUGGAGAGUCGAUGCAGAAAGCCUCCCUUUCGCAAAAUGCGUCAAGGGCCAUGCGCUCGUCUCCCUUGUUCAAAAGGGUCUUCGUUAUCACCAUCUUUCACUAACAAUCGAUGAGAAUGGCCGGCCAUCAAAGCAACUCAACCCGUCGAUGUUCUUCUUCGGGCCCGAGAGCGAGAAGCCUCCAGUAGAACUGCCUGAAGAAGCGUUCCCUUCGACGCCUUCGCCGCACGGUUCACUCAUUGCACCUCAGAAGCAAAUCCGCGAUCCCGCUGUAAAUGGACUUGUCGAACGCACUUCUCUACCUGUGGCUACACAGCUUGCGCCGAAGAGAGGCCGAAAGACGGCCGCGAGCGCUGAGCGCAAUGGAAGCGCUACCCGCAAACCGUCGGCCUCUGCCAGUCGUGCUGCCAAUGCCUCCACGAUGGAUGUUGACAUGGUGAAUGGUCAUAUUGUGCCGAUCUCUGAUGCUAGAUCGCCGACUGCAACGGAAGUCGGGCCCGACGAUGCAGGGCCUUUCAUGAAUGGGAUUAAGGCCGACGAGCGGAUGGAUGUCGAUGAGGACUCGCUGGUCGCAGAUCACCAAAACAACGAGCCGCAGAUCGAAGCGGUACCACCUCCGGCUCACACUUUGUUCAUCGGAGAAAGCAAGGGGAUCCAGGUCACCCCUGCCAAAGUUGCAAACCUCGCUCAGUCGAGCACAAUUUUCAAUCUGCCACCACCUACAGUUGGCGAUGUCCCGAGAUCUCUGACACGGGUUACUUGGCACCCCAGCACCGGUAAUGCACUGACUGCAAUGGGCGAUGACUUCUGUGGAAUCUGGGACAUCACCCCGGGGUCUCCGACUUCUUCCACCUCUCGCUUCCAAGAACUUGUGGAUUCAACCGGACAGAAGCUGAUAAGUGCGGUUGCCUGGGAGCCGCACGGUGAUAUGAUAGCGAUCGCGACGUACACCAAUCUGUCCGGCCACAUCUUUGUGUUCGACGGACAAGAACUUUGUAUGGUUGAGGAUCUAACCGCAUCACAAAGAGCAGUGACAAGCAUGGUUUGGCAGGCUCAAGGCUCCAGUCUAUUCGGCCUUGCCCCCUACGAUUCUGAUGACAUGGGCACGGCCAAAGCUGCUGGUUCAUCAAUCAUCCAGUGGCACCACAGGAACUUGCCUGCUGAGGUAGAAUUGUCGACAGUCCGUGUUCCAGAAACUUUGAUAGACAUGGACGGUGCAUUUCUUGACGAGACUAGUAUUGUCUGCGCGGCAGGGCAGAACUCGGUCUACUCUUUCCGAAUCGCUCCGGCCCUUGGUAUAGAGCAGAAGUGGACGUCCGAUCCUACCGGAAACGACCAGUGGACCUUUGUCAGAUGCACUCUACGAUGGGGCAGGAACCCGUUUCUGGUGGCUGCGUCAGCUGAGACUGGGACGCUGUGGGUACCAGCACAAGAUUUGUUCAAGAGAGGCGCACACGAGGCGCAUAUCACCGGCCUAGAACUUCGACCACGGCUAGUGAGCCUCUUGGAUACUCCCUCGAAACCAGAAUUUGCUACCUCGUCAAUGGAUGGAACCAUCAAGGUCUGGCGCUACGACGACGACAGCAACUCUAUCACUUCGAUCUGUAAGCUCAUUGUCGGCCACGGUUCGCCGAUCAUGGCGUUGUCCUAUUCGCCGGAUGGCUUCUGUCUUGCAGGAGCCAGCUAUGAUAUUAUCCGUAUCUGGAAUAGUGAGCAUGAUCACAACCUCAUGGCCACAUGGAAGGAUGAACAGAAUCUGUGGGAUGGCUCGAAAUUGAAAGAUGAUGACAUGAUGAGCACGGGAGGCAGAUCCAGCGUCAACGGCGAUACCCAUCCAGUCACUGCUGACCAUACAUUGACAUGGGACAUUGACAGUAAGAAGCUUGCGUUCGGAUUAGGUUCACAGGUCGCUAUCAUCAACUUCCAACGCUGA